ACUAAUUUCAGUUAUGAGGAAGUGAAACUCACACAGUCACUGAUACUGAGAGGAGAAAUGGCGCAGAAAGGAGUUCAGCUGGACCAAGAAACUUUCUCUUGUUCAAUUUGUUUGGAUCUUCUGAAGGAUCCGGUGACUAUUCCCUGUGGACACAACUACUGCAUGAAGUGUAUUAAUGGCUUUUGGGAUGGAGAGGAGGAGAAGAAAAUCUACAGCUGCCCUCAGUGCAGACAGACUUUCACACCGAGACCUGUCCUGGUGAAAAACACCAUGUUAGCAGAUUUAGUGGAGCAGCUGAAGAAGACUGGACUCCAAGCUGCUCCUGCUGAUCACUGCUAUGCUGGACCUGAAGAUGUGGCCUGUGAUUUCUGCAUUGAGAUGAAGUUAAAAGCUGUGAAAUCUUGUUUGAUGUGUUUGGUUUCUUACUGUGAGAAACACCUUCAGCCUCAUUAUGAUGUGGCUCCAUUAAAGAAACACAAGCUGGUGGAGCCCUCCAAGAAGCUCCAGGAGAACAUCUACAACUACCCCUCACUGUCAGCACUCAGUGAGUCUACAGACUCAUCCAGCAUCAAUAUCCGUCCUCUGAGCUACUUUGAGGAUGUGACAGCAGCUGUGUCAGAGGUCAGAGAUAAACUACAGGACAUUCUGAGAGAGCAAUGGACAAACAUCUCACUGACAGUCACUGAAGUGGAGCCAGAGCCAAAGACCAGAGCUGAAUUCUUAAAAUAUUUAUGCAAAAUCACACUGGAUCCAAACACAGCACAUACACAGCUGUUAUUAUCAGAGGGGAACAGACGAGUAACUUUAAUGAAUCAUCAACAAUCCUUUUUGGAUCAUCCAGACAAAUUUACUGGAUGGUGGCAGGUCCUGAGUGAACAGAGUCUGGCUGGACGUUGUUACUGGGAAGUGGAGAGGAAAGGGCGAGUUUAUGUAGCAGUCGCAUACAAGAACAUCUGCAGAGCAAAGUGUGGAAAUAAAUGUGGAUUUGGGCAUAAUGACAAAUCUUGGGCAUUACAUUGUUCCAAAAACUGUUAUACAUUUUGGCAUAACAACACUGAAACUCCCAUUUCAGAUGUUGGGUCCUCCAGAGUAGGAGUGUACCUGGAUCACAGAGCAGGUAUUUUGUCCUUCUACAGUGUCUCCAAAACCGUGAGUCUCCUCCACAGAGUCCAGACCACAUUCACUCAGCCGCUCUACGCUGGAGUAAGGUUUUACAACAGUUAUGGAGAUUUUGCUGAGUUCAAUAAACCAAAAUAG